UUCCAAUAUCCCAGUGUAGGAGAACCAGCAGAGGCAGAGAACUAAUGGGUAUGGUUCUUUUUUCCCCCCUUUUCCGUAAGAUAAGAAAACAAACGUUGGUUUCCCCGUUGACUUGUUUUGUCAGCAAUGUGCAUUCGCUUCAAUGCUUGGACGCAACGGCUUGGCACGGCUAGCUAGCAUGCUAAGCUAACCCUUGCUAGCUCGGCCUGGCCCCGGCCUUACGUCGGCUCCCUUGGCUCGAAGCCCGUCGCGGGCGCAGCUGCGCCUAACGUCGACAUUUUGCCCCCUCGGAAUAUGAGACGUGUGUCUUCCAUCCCAACCCCGGCGACUUUUCGGAACCGUGGGGACACCGCAACCCAGCAGCCUCUGGGAAGCAACAUGUUGAACUCACCCUGCUUGUUCGUCUGAGGGACGUGAAUCCGCUGCGCAAAAGCCAAAUGGUGCAAAAAAGUUGAGCGUGAGAAAGUUGCGUGUGUGCAGGGCAGCGUCGAGCACGCCAGUUCCGGAUUUUCUCCCCGGGUGGGAUGACUCCUGGUGGCAAGAGGCAGUAAUGGACGUGCGUACGUUCAGCACCGGAAUCAUGCCGCAGCUAAAAGGGUAGGGUCGACUGUGAGCUCGCCUCACCCUAUCCCCCCACGCCCCUCCCAAAGGAGAGUCCUUCGCUGAAGCUGCCCUGCCUGUUAUGCCGGGCCUCUCACCUCCGCCACGGCAUUAGAAGACAAACAUGACGUGUGUUGCAAAGACUUUGGUGGAUGUCUGAUAGAAGUACCCUUGAGGUGUCGCGUGCAAAUCCAGUGGAGCCAUGAAUGGCGGAAAGGACUGUGAGGCGGGAGAUGAGAGGCUGACUGUCCCCGUCCAAGUCCCCAUUGGCUGGCAGCGCAAGUGGGAGCAUGGCGGUGGCGUCAUAUAUAUCAGUCCCAGUGGCUCAGUGCUGUCCAGCUUGGAGCAGGUGAAGACCUACCUUCUGACAGAUGGAACCUGCAAGUGUGGUCUGGAGUGUCCACUCAUCCUCCACAAGGUGUUCAACUUUGACCGGGGGGCGGUGGUCAAACAGAGGACAGCGGAGGAUGUGAAAGCAGACGAGGAUGUCACCAAGCUCUGCAUUCACAAGAGGAAACUCCUGGCUGUGGCUACGCUGCACAAGAGCAUGGAGAGUCACCCGCCUCUCACACUAACAAGUCCUGGUGGAGGUACGUCAUCAGUGGUCGCAUCGCAUUCCACACCACAUCGAGCAAUAAGGACUAAACCCCACGAGGGCCUGCCCGCUGCUGCUGGUCCAGACUGCAAGAAUCCUUACAAGAUAAUGAUGGCUGCUGGCCACCAACAGCAGCUAUAUCCACCCCAGGAGAUAGGCGGAGGCCAGCAGUCAGAGGUUUGCACUGGGUACCACAGGCCACAGAGGCUGCCCAGCAGUGAGCCAGGUCCCAAGUCUCCUUACCGAGCUGGUUAUGGAGUCAUGUUGAGCCCGCCUGUCUCCAGCACUAAGCAAUGUGGUGAUGGCUCACAGUCACCUUGUACAGACACACGGUCCAGCCCGGAGGGCUAUCCAAGAACCAAUCCUUGUGGAUUUUCUGGAGCUGGCAGUCCCAGCUCGGCUUCCAUCCAUGGAAAUUCCAAGACCCCCCUUUCUCCACCUAGCAUGAUGCUCCAUGGCUCCCCUGCGAGUCAAACAUCCUGUGCUAUGACAGGAAGGACUAGCACACCGCUUUCACCCACAGUCACUGCCAAAAGCCCUGUCAUGAACAUGAACAUGAAUAUGCCACGCGGGAACUUCCCCUCUGGUGUGGACAUGCCCAAUGCAGCGUUCCACCAUAAAGUACAACCGUCUAUCCAUCCUGUACCACCGCCUCCUUCUGUGCCACCACCCUGUGUCCUGCAAAAAAGGCAGUUGACAUCUGAAAAAGACCCCUUAGGCAUCCUCGACCCCAUCCCAAGCAAGCCUAUCAGCCAGCCCCCAGCCAACACCCCAAACUUCCAACCUAACAUCCACACUCAGGUAUCAAUGAUGAAUGUAAACAUACCCCCUCCUGCCAUUGUCCCCUUGCCAAGCAACUUACCUUUGCCCACAGUAAAGCCUGGGCCUGUGGGCCACGGUAGCCAUGUUCAAAGGACUCAGCAGAGCGGUGCAGCUUCCUCGAUGUCACCAUCCCCAGUCACCUCCCCUGUUCACAUGGCAGGGUCCGCUCUUGGUCGGGUGGAAGUCUCCCCCCAUCGCUCACGCUCCUCCUCCACCUCUUCUGAACAUGGGAGCUUUGCAAUGCCAUCAGGGCAUCAGGCUCCUUGUGGCAGCAUGAAGGUUCCCCCUCGGUCCCCCAGAUCUGCUAUGGGCUCUCCCAGGCCAGCUAUGCCAUCCAGCCCCUCAACCAACAAAAAUGACUCACUCCACCAGUACAGAGACUCCCAGCUGCUUACUGGAAUGGGGAACUCUGCUGGCACCCAGCAGCAAAACUCUAUGUACUCACCCAACUCCACCUCUACUUCCUCCUUGCCCACCCCGAGCACUUCCCAAAAGGGCCACCCAGGACUCCUGGGAAUGCCUCUAAACCAGAUUCUAAACCAACAGAAUGCUGCCUCCUUUCCGGCUAGCAGUCUCUUGUCAGCAGCAGCCAAAGCACAGCUAGCAAAUCAAAACAAACACAGCACUGCUGGUGUGGUUGCUGCUGUUGGUAUGGCAGGUGGGGCAACAGGUGGUGGAAGUAACGGAGGGGGUGGCGGGCACCCUGGCUCAAUGACCAACCCUUGUGGCAUGGACGGACACAGCACUUUAAAUCCCAUGCUGCCACCAAACUCCACCAUGCUGCUCAACUGCCCUGAGGGUCAGAGUGGUCGAGCAGCACUGAGAGAUAAGCUGAUGGCCCAGCAGAGGGACCCCAUACGCAAAAGAAAGCAGUCAUCAGGUAGCACAUCUGUCGGCCACGACGGCAGCAACAACAUGGUCUAUAACAUGCAUAACAAGCCUAGCAUGGGAGGAUCCCACAUGCAAGCUCCCAGUGCAGAGCAGAUGCGAAAGGUCGUCCGUCUUGGAAACCUUCCACCAAACACCUCCAUGGCCCAGCUCCUCCAGUCCAUGAGCAACCAGAGCUCCCACAACAUGGCUGGUAACAACCACCGACCUGGCCUCAGCCCAGGACCUUCUCCUCAAGGAGCUCCUCAGCUCCAUUACAGUGAGACUACGUCCAAGAUCACUUGCGGCUCCCAGCAGAACUUCAUUGGUCAGCAGAGGCUUCGUGUCCCAGCAGAAGCUAUGCAGCACUGUCAAAACGUUGAUGCUGCUGCUGGAGGCCACUUGGGCUCGCGACUAGGCCAGUUCCCUGAUAUGAUGGCCCAGAUUCAGACUUCAGGCUGUGGGCCUCUGGUUCCAGGCAGUGGACUAAUAGGCCCUGAUGGCAUGCCACACGGACGCCCCAACACUAAUCCCCCACCACUGUCACAUUCUGGGCCUCACCCCUCGCAGCAAAAUCUCCAUCACGUUGUAGGGCGGACUAACAUGGUGCUGAUGCCGAGUGGAGAUGGAAGCUAUACAAAGAACAUCUCUGACACAGGAAACCCUUCCUCGCUUGGCUGCAACGUGGGCAGCCUGCAGUCUCACGUCAACACUGGCGGGCGACAGAUGUACCAGAAGCACGCCAACCAGGUCAUGCAGCAGGGUGGGGCCUCCCAUGGGACCUCCCUUCCAGCCUACCAGGGUCAGCAGCACUUUUCUGACAACCCACCUUAUGCAGACAGCAGCAAUUCUAACGUCGACUCCAUGGUUUUCCGCUACCAGAAUUACCAGCAGGGGAUGAUGACACAGCCUCAGUUUAGCGAGGGGCAACAACGCCAGGGCGAGGUAUUACGAACAGGAACACCAGGUACCGACAGCGGACCCGGCAGAGGCUCGGAGUCAGUGGACGCCAUCUACAGAGCUGUGGUGGAUGCCGCCAGUAAAGGGAUGAGCGUCACCAUCACCACCACAGUAAGUGAGACCACACAGGCAAGUCCUGUGCCUGCCCUCAGCGCCAUGAGUGCCUUCACUGCCUCCAUUGGGGAGCCCGUCAACCUCCCCCAGGCGGUCAGUGCAGUUCUGCAUGGGGAAGGGGAUGCUUUACCUCAGCAAGCCAGAACCAGGCAGGCGCGGCCCAUUGGAGGCCAGAAGAACAUGGAUCCAGGGAAGGGCACCCCAGAUGGCCCGGAGACAAACAACUACUUCCGACCCCCUGGCUGUGGUACUCCCAGGGGACAGCGGGAUGGGGAAAUCCAUCAUGGUGGCAGCUUUGACACGCACAGCAACAGCAGCGUCUGGGGUGGUGAGGAGUUCUUGGAGUGCUCCACCCAGGUGAGGAGUAGUCCCUGCAUGGAGCGACCUACGAGCUUAGUGCCCUUCCCACCUUGCCCCACAGAUGGCUCCAAUGACCACAGUGUGGCUUUGGCACUUGGCAAGACCUUUGUCGACGAUAGCUACCGCUUCAACAACUGCAGCCGGACGCACACCAACUACAAGGAGCGUCUAGAUCAGACGGUGGAACGUUGCGUUCACAUUAAUGGCACAACCUCGCUCUUUAACACCCGCGGUUAUGGAGAGGUUCUUGGACCCCCUCGACAGGACCUCACAGGCGACGACCAGUCUCCCAGCUCGUCCACAAGCCUGGAAGGACCUCUAGCCGGCGUUAAAGACUAUAGCCACUACAACGGCCACUUCAACGGGAUGGCGCCCAGCCCCUCGGACACCAAGAGUCUGAGCAGCGAGGAGGACCUGCGGCAGCCAGACUCGCCCUCCUCAGAGCUGCUCCACUACCGUUCCAGAACUUUCAACAUGGGAGAACUGGUGUGGGGCCAGUUGAAGGGCUUCCCACCCUGGCCGGCAAAGCUGGCAGGGGAUGAACAGAUGCACAGCGCUGCCAUGCAACUGCGAGAGCAGGCUAAGAUGGAGCCGGAAAAGCUAAAAACUUUAACACAUGACUUGGAGGCACUUGACCGAGUUGCCAAAAGAGGCUUAAAGCCGGGGAAACUGAAUAAUCACUUGGAAGCUGCUAUCCACGAGGCCAUGAGCGAGCUGGACAAGAUGUCGGCCACUAUCCCGUCAAGAGAGCGGACGACGAAGGCGCCGAAGCCCAAGAGGCGGAAGAUCUCCAGAUAACAAUGAAUGUGUCGUCGUCCUCAAAGCCUCCGGAGGUGCCUCGCUGCCGUCUGAGCUAUCCUAGGUGCUACGCAUGGACGCCGCGUGUUCCCUCGCCCACUCCAUGACGUCAUUGAGGUGCUGGAACUUCCAAUCACCGACACGGUUUUAACUGUAGAAGAGUGAACAAAUUGAGAGAACCAUCAAAAAAAGUUGCAAUUUAUCUACAGCUCGCUGAACUAUUUUUUUCUAGUAUAAGAUAGUAAAAGACAAAAAAAAACCUGAGCAUUACCUUACAUAUUUAAGAAAAAUAGACAGUCCAAAUAUUUCUGAUACAUUUUCAUGAUGUAAAUAGGGUAAACCUGAAAUGUCAGAUUAUUAAGAAAUGUAUGUAAAUAUUGUAAAAUGUAAUGUACAAGCGUACUUAAUGCACAUUUUAUUUUUUGUUGUACAAAAACAAAGCGGAAGUGUACCGACGUCUCGCUUUCUAUUCAGACGUACACUCGCAUAGGACCGCGCGCGCGUGUGAUUAAAUACUAAAAAAAAACAGCUUUUUAUAUGACACGGCAGUCAGGCGGGUGCUUUGAGUUGUUUUGUUUUUUGUUUUUUUUUGUACACGUUGUGUCAUGCCAGAAAGUGUUCACGGAAAACAAAGACAGAAUGAACUUUACCAGCAGAUGGUGUUGAUAUUGUUGGAGGCUCCGUCCCACUGCAGCAUUUAACCCUUCUGUCUGAGAAACUUGCGCUUUUUAAAAAUUGUAUUUGGUUUUUCAGCUGUUGACGUUUACUGAGAUGCUUGGAGAGCGAUUGCCGGUUUUCAUAUGGUACGGGUUUUUUGUGGGGUGGUUUUUGCCCUUUUCACCAUUUCUCCAGUGGAAACUUGUCACUUUGUCGAGUUUCAUGGCUGUUGGGCAGGCUAGUCCAAAAUAAUAAUAUUCCAAGGUGAUAGUAUUUUUGCCGAACUGAAGCUUUGUCAAGCAUAAAAAUGGCUAAAUGACGUCAAAUACAAAUAUAAGGCAUUCAGAAGACACAUUCAAAGACAUUGUGAUGAUACAGUAUGCAGUAGGGAUGCUCCGAUCAGGUUUUUAUGCUGCCAAUACUGAUCAUCCCUGAGUCAAUACCGAUACCAAUCACAUCAUUUUUUUAAAUAAAGUAUCAAAUUUAUUAAUGGGUAUUUCAGGGGUCACCAAUGUUUUUUCUUGUGAGAGCUACUUUUACAAAAUGAAAAUGGCCAACAUUUUAUUUUAUAACAAAGCGAAUAUGCUUGUUUUAACAGAACAUUAACAAAAUGCUGGUAUGCACAACUCAUUUUGUAUUUCUGAAUGCAUUUCUUUCUAGUGUUCUCACAUUAUUAACUGAAAACCUGAAUAAAAAGCAGGCUUGCAGGUGCCUCAUGUGAUCGUGGGGUCCCUGGUGCCCGCGGGCACCAUGUAGGUUGGUGAUCCCUGGGCUAUAUGAUAUGAAAGGGGAAAUAUAAAACCUAGACAAAAACAUAUUUGACUUACUUUUUCAAAAUCACUUGUGAAACUUAGAGGAUUGGGCGCCUUCUUUAACGAGACUUUGGAUAUGAGAGCACACAGGUUGAUGGCGCUCCAGCAGGACCCCCAGGGAGUCGGCAAACCCGGUGUCCUCCAUCGCAGACAACGACCGGCCAUCCAGUCCGGCGAAUUAAACCCGAACCUCCGACUGCCACCCGCAAACGGGCGCGUGUCCAGUGUUUUGGCUAAUUAGCCGCCGCCUGACCAAUGAUCACAUCGCGAGCCUCAAAAACUCACGACACCCUGCCAAGUGUAUGUCCCCCCCAAAAUGCCGCACCAAACUAAGGCUUUUUGACGUGCCACCCCGGCGAGCUAUUUUUUGUGUCAUGUUUUUCCGAGCGCAAAAUUGAUAUCACACUCACAACGACAAGAAGUCCCACACAGCAGACAUACUUGUUUUGGCUUUGUGAAGGGAAAGUGGACUGUCGCUAUAGGCUGGAUGCUGCAAUGGGGGUGGAGGUGAUUGACGUUAUAAAGCCAGUAUCGGCUUAUGCUGAUACCGUGCUUUUUCACGGAAAUUGGCCGAUUGAUCGGAGCACCCCUAAUAUGUUUUACACUGGUCACUAGGUGUCAGUAAUGUUAUUCUAAUGCUGGAUGAGACACACAAUCACCAGACUUGAUCGGCGAAACAACAGGCUUUUAUUGCAGAUUUGAAUGAUCUCACAACAGGCACAAUAAUCCCUAACACGGGCUACUGUAAGGUCAGCAAAAACUCAACACUGAACCCCUGACGUCACUUCCUGUCCAACACCGCACCACAUUAACAGCAACACACAUGAGUACGAGUCUUAUUUAUGUCUUAAAUGUCUUAUUUUCUCUAUAUUGGUUAAUGAGUGUAAAGGUGACUAUAAGGGUGUCUACAGGGCUCUAAUGUUAAAAACCGUAAUUUUGCUUAUCAUGGUUGGUCAUUUAACCCAGAAGUGUCCAAAGUGCAGGAGUAAUUUUACAAGAAUAGAGAUAAAAUAUUACUUGAAAAAUCUAACAAGAAAAAGUUGUAAUUUUACGAGAAUAAGUUUGUAAUAUUAUGAGGAGAAAUAAUAUAAUGUUAGUAGCAUAAAGUUGAAAUAUUAAAGCAAAAGUUACUGUAUGAAAAACAAAUGAAACAAUGAAUAAAGUUGUAAUUUUUGGAAAAUUAGGUUUGGGGAAAAGUUACGUACAUAGUUAAUGUUACGAUAAAGUAAAAAUAUUAUGGGAGUAAAGUCAUAAUUACGAGAAGAAAAUUUGCAAGAAGAAAAUUGAAAUAGUAGGAAAAUUAACAAAACAGCAGAAAUGGGAAAAACAGCUGCAAUUUUACAAAAAUAAACUUGUAAUAUGAGGAAAAAUUAUGUCAUUUUAGUAGCAGAGUUGAAGUAUUCAAGAAAAAAAAAUGAUAUAUUUUAAAUUUAUGAGAAACAAGCAGAACAAAAUAAAGCUGUCAUUUUUGACAAAUUUGGUUGGGGAAAAAGUUAUAAUAUGGAAAUAAAGUCCAAAUAUUACUGGAAUAAAGUCCUAAUUCUGAGAGGAAAAUGGUUUAUUUAAGAGGAAAGUUAUAGGGGGGGGGGAAGAGCAAAGCACAAAGUUGAUAUUAAUAAUUGAUUUUUUCACCAACAUCACAAAGCUGAGAUGUUUUUUUUCUUGAACUCUAUAACAAAGCGCACCUCGCACGACGCCGCCCUAUAGUCCAUUAAUCUGAAGCUUGUUGUUUCGAUUGAGUCAUUGGUUAGGCAACAGACCUGGGAUGUCCAAACUUUUUUAUUUAGUGAGGGCCACAUAGUGGGAAAAAUAAAGAAAAAUUUAAGUAUGCAACUUUGCCACUUUGAUAUUUUGUGAAGAGAUGCUAAAAAAAUUAUGUACAGUGGUUUGAAAAGGUGUUUGUCCCCAUCCUGAUUUCACCUUUUUUUGUAUUGUUUGUCACACUUAAAUGUUUCAGAUCAUCAAACAAAUUUAAAUAUUAGUCAGUGACAACACAACUGAACACAAAAUGCACAAAAGACCCCACAACAACAUCCAAAAACCUGCAGGCCUCACUGGCCUCAGUAAAGGUCAGUGUUCAUGACUCUACCAUUAGAAAGACACUGGGAAAAAACGGCCUGCAUGGCAGAGUUCCAAGACGAAAACCACUGCUGAACAAAAAGAACAUUAAGGCGUGUCUCCAUUUUGCCAGACAACAUCUUGAUGAUCUCCAAGAUCUUUGGGAAAAUACUCUGUGGUCUGACUUUUUGGAAGGUGUGUGUCCCAUGACAUCUGGUGUAAAGGUAAUGCUGCAUUUCAGAAAAAGAACAUCACACCAACAGUAAAAUAUGGUGGUGGUAGUGUGAUGGUCUGGGGCUGUUUUGCUGCUUCAGGACCUGGAAGACUUGUUGUGAUAAAUGGAACCAUGAAUUCUGCUGUCUACCAAAAAAUCCUGAAUGAGAAUGUCUGGUCAUCUGUUUGUGACCUCAAGCUGACACCAACUUGGGUUCUAGAACAGGACAAUGAUCCAAAACACACCAGCAAGUCCACCUCUGAAUGGCUGAAGAAAAACAAAAUGAAGACUUUGGAGUGGCCUAGUCAAAGUCCUGACCUUAGUGAAGACUCAUUAGCACGUUGCUGUGCUGUAAAUUAAUGUGCUAUGACUCUCAUAGAUUUUUCAUACUGGGCGCUACAGUUUGAGAGCACAUGAGACACAUCGGUUUGGCUCUGGAUUCUGGAAGAAUGACAAUAAAUUGGUCCGUCCUUUCACUUUUAAAUGUUUGGAUUUCUCGAUCAACCCCUUACUUUUGAGCAAGCCAUGGUUGUCAUUCGAAGUUUAGUGGCAUAGAAGAUGGAUAGAUGAUUCUCUGCAAGUAAACAAAUUAUUUCAUUGGCCUAUUUUGAGUGACGUCACCACGUUUGCUGUCACGGUAAUAACUGAAGUAAUUACGCCCGCAAACUGCCACUGCUAUCGGUCCGCGAGCAUGAUUAUAUGUUAUUAUAUUUCCCAUUCACUUGAAUUGGUCACGGAUCCGUAAAGGGCCAUCACUAGAUCUGGAUGUGGAUCGAGGUACACCAUUUGGUGAUGGCUGCUCUAUUGUGAUUACUUUAUUGCAUGUAGGUGACCUUGGGUGUUUUGAAAGGUGCCAACAAAUAAAAUGUAUUAUUAUUGUUAUUAUUAUUUUACCUGAAUCCUAUUGAGAUGCUGUGGCAUGACCUUAAAAAGGUGCUUCAUGCUGGAAAACCCUCUAGUGUGGCUGAAUUACAACAAUUCUGCAAAGAUGAGUGGGCCAAAAUUCCUCCACAGCGCUGUAAGAGACUCAUUGCAAGUUAUCACAAACGCUUGAUUGCAGUUGUUGCUGCUAAGGGUGGCCCAACCAGUUAUUAGAUUUAGGGGGCAAUCACUUUUUCACACAGGGCCAUGUAGGUUUGGAUUAUUUUCUCCCUUAAUAAUAAUAGGUUUCAUUUAAAAAGAGCAUUUUGUGUUCAGUUAUUUUGUCUUUGACGAAUAUUUAAAAUUAUUUUAUGAUCUGAAACAUUUAAUUGUGACAAACAUGCAAUUAAAAAAAGAAAUCAGGAAGGGGGCAAACACUUUUUCACACCACUGUAUUUCAAGAAAAAAAAAAAACCAUCUCGGCUUUGUCAUAUAGGAGAAAAAGUGUUAGUACAAACUUGACUUUUUAAAAUAACGUUUUGGAUUUUUUUUUUUUUUUUAACUCUAUGCUACUAAAAUGACAUUAUUUUUCCUCAUAAUGCAAGUGUAUUGUAAAAUUGCAAAUGUUUUCCUCGUUCCAGCAUUACUUUUUACUCUUAAUUGACUUUAUUGUUGUGAAAUAACUUCUUAUUUUCCUAUUUUUGCUGCUGUUUUUUUCUUUUUUCCUUUUCUUGUUAAGUUACAACCUAAUUUCCCAAAAAUUACACCUUUUAUUUGUUGUUUUGUUUUUCUCAUAAUAUUGCAACUUUUUUUUUUGUCUCUUUUCUAAAAUAUUUCAACUUUAUGCUACUAAAAUUAGGUUAUUUUUUCCUCAUAACAUUACAAGUUUGUUCUUCUAAAGCCUUGGCUUUUUUUCUCUUAAUAUUUUUACUUUAUUCUCCUAAAAUAACAGCUGUUUUUUUUUUUUAUUUCUGCUGUUUUUUUCCCAACAAUUUCAAUUUUCUUCUUGUAUUUACAACUGCAUUUGCUAAAUAUUUAGACUUUAUUCUCGUAACAUACCUUUUUCCACAACUUAAGUUUCCAAAGAUUACACCCCUAUUUGUUUUGUUUUUCUCUUUUUAUGACAUUUUUCUUUUAAAAUGCCAUCUUUUUUGCUAGUAAAAUUACAUUUUUACUCGUAUUAUUCCAAAAGUAAUCUCAUAAAAUCGUCACCUGAUUGACCCGAUUUUACAAAACAUACACCUUUUUGUUUUGUUUUUCUCAUAUUAUGACAUUUUUCUUUUAAUAUUUAAUGUUUAUGCUACUAAAAUUUUGUAGUUAUUUUUCCAACUAAUAUUAUGAGUUUAUUCUCAUAAAAUCAGCUAUUGAUUUUUUUUCUCAUAUUACAACUGUUCAAAACAGCUUUAAUAUUUCACCUUUUUCUGCUAAAAUGACAUUAUUUUUCCUCAUAUUAUGAUGGUAUUCUUGUAAAAUUACAACUUUUUACUCAAUAAUUGAAUUUAUUCUAGUAAAAUGACUUAUUUUUUUUUGCCAUUUUUGGUGGGGGUUUUUUUUCUUUCUUUUUCUUGUUAUAUUUUGGAAUGUUCGGGCUGCAAAUGGCCCCUGGGCCACACUUUGGACACCCCUGCCCAAGUUGCACCAAAUCAAUAUGGAGCAAAUACAGUUAGUGGUUUGGCCUGCAGUGUGUCAGAAAAGAAGCAAAAAUGUCCAUCACUGUUUUCCAAAGUCAAAGCUGAUGUGUGUGAAUGUCUUGUUUUGCCUAAAACACAAAGAGAAUAGGACUCCUUUUGUAGAUGUCUAAGGAAAUUUUUAAAAAUAUUGACACCGGAGAGGCUGAAAUCAAAAGAUAUUUACAUUUUUAAAUGUGAUAAUAAUUGUUGAUUAAUUGGAUAAAUUGUUUGGAUUCAUUGAACGAACAAUAAGAGAGGUUAGUUGCAGCCUGACUGUUCUGUCCAGCAUCCAUGGCCAAAAAAAUUUGUAUUUGCCUGCGUAUGACGCCGUACGGAGUAAAUAUUUCAACAAAGGUUGGUGAAAGGGUUAAUGGUUAAACGGCCGAGUGGGACGGAGCCUUCCAUCAUCAUCACAUGGCCUAGAAUUGUCAUCAUUGUAAUUUUGUUUUUGUUUGGAUUCCACACACUCUUUUGACGAACUCCAGCCCAAAAAGCGUUGCGGGUUUUGUGUGGAUUGUUCCGUCUUGGUGAAACUUUUUGUCAUUUGAAUGUCAUCACGUCCCCUCCCCCAUCACGAGCGUCUCGACUGCGUAUUCACGUCAUGUUACAAGAUCUUCUGUUUUUUUUGUGUGCUUGUUGUAAAUUAUUUCUGUACAGUUCUUCAUAUUUAUUUGAAGCUUUACAAAUAUGCUAGAUGGCAAUAACACUACCGAGAGUUAAGAACUCGAGCCUUAUAUAUGUAUAUGUAUGUUUUGUUUGAACAGAAGACCCCUUAUUCAUUGGCAAGGUCAUAUUCCCCUUUUUAUUUAAGAGCUUAGAAAACACUUUUGACAGCGAAGCGACUUGUUUUUCUUCCACAAUGUCUUAUUUAUGGAAAACGCUCAAAGGAGAAAGAAGGCGGAGGUUGCCUACGUUGGUAAUAAACGUUCCACACUAUUCACGGCUUGUGCCGGAAUCACUACAGGAUGAAACCAGUGCAAUAAAAUGACGAGUGGGGAUCAACAGCCCACCUCCAGCAAAGCCCCCCCAUCUUGCUGCUUCGGAUGCCGGCGAGAACCAUGCUGCCACUUCUACACGUUCACCGCCGUACCUUUGCUGGUACUCCCUGAAACCUCACACGAGUUGACCUUUCCCGUGCGUGUCGUCGAUGCUUCCGUGCCGACGAGAUGCUCGUGUCCCUUGUUGAACAAAUCUGCGCUUGCUUUCAGCAAUUGUACUGUACGAGACAUCCUGUGCAACUUGAAGAUAUUUGGUAGCGAAAAUGUAGGUCAAGCUAAAGCAAAAGCUAAGGGUCCUCAAAGUGUAAUCAGUGGCGAGGAAAGCAUCAGCUGUUUGUCAACACAAAGCUCUUGGGGUAAAGUUCAUUCUGCCUCCUGUGUGUUUGUGUGGUGACUUGGUGUGUGUGUGUGUGUGUUGAUCUCUACUCUUUUUUUUUUUUUUUUUUUGUCCUCUUCCAACCUCUCUCAUUGUCAGUAUUUUAUUUUUCCAACACGUGAGUAUAUAUUUCCUCACUAAUAUAUACUAAACAGAAAAGAAUUGUGUGAAGUAUGAAGACGUGCACUUGAUUGCUCCUCCUCCUUUCUGCAUUCAUGUGAGCUAUAUAUAUAGUUUGUUGGAGUCCAUUAUUUUGAUAUUUUUGGGACUUUUUUAUGGUUUGAUGUAAGCAGCAUUUUUGUAAAUAUUGUGAGACAUUACAGGUCAUGCAGUGGUGUAACAUUUUCGAGCAAUGUUGCACAGAUGUUUUAAGAUAUUAAAACCUGGUCACUCUUA